AUUGCGAGCUGAUGUUUGCUGAUGAUAAAAGAUGCAUCAUCAUGUAAUGAGAUCAAAAUGUGCAGAUCCAUUAAUAUACCCCUGCUACAGAUUCUACCAGAGGCUGUUGCAUUUUAUCUUCUGGCUUCAUCUACAGCUAUUAUUAUUCUGCACAGCAGACUUCACUGUAGAUCGUCAAUUCUGCAUCGAUCCUGGGUUCCCUGAACAUGGAAACAGGACACCGAGCUCAGGUGUGUUCUUUGAAAAGGCUGUUGCACGCUUUAACUGCCUGGAAGGGUACAGCCUAAAAGGGCCUUCGAAGAUAGUCUGCGUUCCAUACCAAAAUGGCUCCUUGGGCUGGAAACCGAGUCAUAAACCAAUGUGCCUACCUGAAGAUUGUCUAGUUCCAUAUAUUGAAGAUGCUGAAAUUUAUAACAAGACCUACAGACCUGGAGAUAAAUUAAUAAUCACCUGUCUCGAAGGAUUCCAGAUCCGCUACCCUGACAUGGAUAACAUGGUCUCAAUCUGCCGAGAUGAUGGAACUUGGGACGGCCUGCCCAUUUGUCAAGGAUGUUUGAGGCCUUUAGUUCUUCCUCACAGCUACAUCAACAUAUCUGAAACCGAGUUCUCAGUCCCGAUGGGAACAGUUGUGCGCUACCAGUGUUUUCCUGGAUACGAACUGGAUGGAGCGGAGAUCCUGGAAUGCAUGUACAACCUGAUCUGGUCUGAGAGCCCACCAAGGUGCCUUGAUGUCGAAGUUUGUCCCCUACCUCCAGUGGUGGAACAUGGAGACUACAUUUGUCAUCCACAGCCCUGUGACAGAUACAAUCAUGGCACUGUGGUAGAGUUCCACUGUUACCCUGGAUACACUCUAGCUAAUGACUACAAGUAUAUCACCUGUCUGUAUGGGCAGUGGUUUCCUAACCUCCAGGUAUAUUGUGUUAAAUCAGAGCAAUCCUGGCCAACCACUCCGGAAAACCUCCUGAUCACAUGGAAAGUAGUUGCAUUCACAGCCACCAGCAUCCUGCUGUUACUACUAUGUGUCAUUCUAGCCAAGGUGUUUCAAACUAAGUUCAAGGCACGCUGUCAGUCAAGAGAUGGACAGCGAGGUGCAAUUGAUCCUAAUGUUUUAGUAGUGGAUGGAAUCCCAGUAAUGCUGCCUUCUUAUUAUGAAGCUGUGAACAGCGGUAAUAUCAUGCCCCCAAGCUUCCCACCCCCUGCUGGCCAAGGGGAAUCCUUACAUACAGAGGAUCAGGGCCCGCCUGCCUAUCCGGGUUAUGUUGAAAACACCAGUGCCAUACAACCAGAAGCCAGUGAAUAUGAAGCUUGUGAGAGCUUCUAUGAUUCUUCAGAGCAGCUUCAAAGUGUAUGUCCUUCAUCCACGUGUCCUGGGGGACUGAACAACCUUUCAGAAAGAACCAAUGUGAUAACUUCAACAGCGGACACUGCUUCCACAAGUCCAAGUAUUGACAUUGCAGAUGAAAUCCCACUUGUAGAAGAAGACAGUUAAUCUUUCAUCAUUUAAACAGUGGACUAUGCUAAGGAAAGUGUACCAGUGUAUGAUGACACAAAUCUAAGAACACUCUUGUGGUCAAAAGGAAUGAUCACUUUACUCCAGUUUUGUCAACACCUGAUUAGUUUGAUUAUGCUCUAGACUAUUUUUCUUUCUUUGUUUCCCAACAGCAGCACUUUGUGACUUUUGCUAAAGAUGUUGAUAGAUUUGACUGAUAUCACCAUCCUGCAAGAUCACAGCACAAAAAGAGCAUCAAGCACGGAUGUACAUGAAAGCAAAAUAAAUAUUUGUAACACACAUGCACGACAAGAAUCACCUUCAGCAAUUCAUCAAUCUGAAAAUUCUUUUUUAUUAACACUUUUCAUAGCCCCUAUGAGAUUCAAGACAUAAUUUCCAAGGAUGUGCCUAGUGCAAAAAUAGCAAUUGCAUAUAAAUACAUCUGUUAAAACCUUAUAUAAAGCAAGCAAUCCUUUAAAUGGCAGCCAAACUGUAAAGCACUGUAGAUAUGCAAAAACCUCAACUGGACGUGGGACUCUUAUACACAAGAGCUGCUAACCGUCACAACUCCUUACUGUGGGUUGAUUUGUAAGAUGUCAAAAGAAAUGCCAUUACCUGGCUAAUUCCAAAGAUGUCAAUGGACUGAAAUAUGGAAAGUGAAGAACAUUUAAAAAGUAAGUAGUUUCCAAUGAUAUUUACUACUUUUAUGUCUGAGUUGAGGUGCUUUGACUGAGUUUACACUCUUCAGUUCUAGUUACCUGAUGUGGGCUUGUGUAACGUAAGCUAGAUGACCCAAAGACUAUAUUUGUGUAGACACCAGGCUCAUCUUGUGUAGUGAUCUUUCCUACACUAGACAUGUCUAUCUCAUGCACAUUGAACUGAAGAGCAAUUCAUGAAAGCUCCCCAACAAAGACUAAUAAAAACAACCAAAAAAAUGUAGGUACUGUAAGUGCAAUGAGAUCCACUCCAUAAUAAGAAACAUCAUUGCCUUGGUAACAGAACAGUAAAAAAAACAAGAAACCAGAAACCAGAAUCUGCUGUACUUUUUUUUAAUGUUCAGAAGACACACCUCUUGAGUAAAAUUUACCCUUUGAGAAUGUGAGAGACAGCAACAUGAUCUUCAUAUUACGGAGAGAGUUGUGUAUUGUGUAUUGUGUAACUGUCCACACAACAAUGAUGCUUUGAAGUGCAAGCAGUGUUUUUAUAUGCUUUGAUUUUAACAAUGAAUGUUAUUGAACCACUUAAAAUGGAUAAGGUAAAGAGAAUGAAAACUAAAGCAUGAAACUUUGUGAUAUGUUCUAAGUAAUGCUUUGAUUUGUACUGAAAUUUAUGUACCUUUUGUAAGACAGUAAUAGAAAAUAAAAAAUGUUUUGCACCAUAGAAAGAUGUAAUGUAAAAACAAAUAUCCACACUCUUAAUUAUCAAAUGAUAGCACUGCUGGUCAGGUUAAGAAUUGCCUACAAAUUCUUAAGAAAAAUAAAGUAAUUUGA